AUGAUGGACUUUCGAAAUUAUAUUGAACUAGACGAUUUCUUACAGCCAAGCAAUCUGUGUUUAGUUUUGGAUCUUUAGAAGCAUUGAUGAAGCAUUAUGCUUUAUAACUUAUAUCGUAGUAUGCAAGAUAAUAAUUUUGAACAAAUAUUAUAAUCAACAUGUACUAUUAUUUAAUCGACGAUCUAUCAUUCCACUCGGCGAUCGCCAUUCUUUCUUCACGGAAAAAAAAAUGCUUGAGACUGAUACGCCAGCCAAAAGCUUCUUAUUGCCUCGUCAAAGAUGGAUUUUGUUCUCGCAACUGAGCUUGGAUAUUAAUAACAAAUUCAUUAAGAAAUUUCAUUUUCUUAAAUUAUCUGAAAUUUUACAUCAUAUUCAGCAACCAGGUGGCGCGGAAUUCGCUACCCACGUGGCGUAGAGGAGGCGUGGACCAAGUUCUUAGAUUAUAACCUAAGAUCUUUGGUGUGGAGUGAUUUGUUUAUAGCAGAGGAUAUUAUUAUAUAUUCUGUUUAUAAUUUCUGCUAACUGAUAGUGCAGGAACUACUCGAUUUUUACGAAAAUCUGUUGUAUUCUCUUCUAACAUAUCCAUUUCUCCGGGAUAUUUUUUAUAAUAUUCGUCACAAUCACAACAUGCAUUAAUACUAGAAUGUAAUCAGUACAACUAUUGGCUCGUUUAUCAAAUUAUUAGCUGUAUAUAGACCUAUUUCGUAAUUGCGAUAAUUAUAGAUAAUCAGAAUAUUUUUAUUUUGGACUUUGACCUCGAACCUUGUUAUUUUAAUCUGUCAGUGUGUUUACAUGAUCUUUGCAAUCUUACGAGACAUGUUCGUUAAAUCACACUAGUCUUAUAAUUAUUUUUGCAAUGUAUUGUUUGAAUGAGAAGAUGGAUGAUUUUUAUAGAUUUAGUUAUUUAUUAAACACACUGAUGGGAUUCAUCUCGGCAGUGUUAACAGCCAUACAUUGCAUCAGCUUUAAAGUUAAAUAUUUUGUACUUGUUUAUAUGAUUGGAAUAUUUUAUGUACCUAAAGAAUUCAUUGGAAGAAAGUUUGGUUUAUUCAAGUCGUUUCAAUUUUCUGAUAUGCCUAGACAAGACAAUAGAUAUUGUAUAAUUACUGGUGGGACUACUGGAAUAGGCGCAGAAGUAACAACACACCUACUUUCUUUGGGAAUGAAUGUCAUUAUAGGUACGUCUAAACUAGAUGAAAAAUUUUUUAAAGAUCUUCAAAAGAAAUAUCCAGAUUUGAUUAGCAUUUGGCAUUUGGACUUAUCAUCUAUGGAUUCUGUACAAAAGUUUGCUAAGAAAUAUUUAAAGAAAAAUUAUCCACUUCAUUUACUUAUUUUAAAUGCUGGAAUAAUGUUUGCUCCAUAUGAAAUAACUGAAAAUGGCUACGAGAAACAUUUUGCCGUUAAUUACUUAGGUCACUGUUUGCUAACUAAACUCUUGUUUAAAAAACUCAAAGCAUCUGGUUCAGAAGAAAAAUUUGCAAGAAUUAUUAGUGUGUCCUCCAGUUGUCAUUUUGUAGGAAAAAUUAACUUUGAUGAUAUUCAAAGCAGUCAAGUGUAUUCGCCUUAUUUUUGUUAUGCUCAAUCAAAAGUUGCUCAAGUUAUGUUUACGUACUCUUUGCAACGUUAUAUCUCAUCACAGAAUGGCUGCAUCACCGUGAACAGUCUUCAUCCUGGCGUUGUUUAUACCAAUCUGUAUCAAUAUGUUUUUUGGGUAAAUAAAUGGACUGCAUUUCUUUUUAGGAUUCCAGAAGAAGGAGCUCAGACUGUACUUCAUGCAGCUCUGUCACCAGAAUUAGAGAAAAUUGGUGGGAAGUAUUUAGAAGAGUGUACCAUUACAAACUCUAAUGCUUAUUCUUUAUCGGAAAAACAUCAAGAACUUCUUUGGAAUUUGACUUGGAAAUUAUUAAAACCGUGGAUUGAUAUGUGAAUAUUUAAAGAAUUGUGUUUGAUUUCCAGUUUCAUGACCAAAAAACGUUGCUAUUUAUCAGUGAAAUCUGAUGUAUCAAAGGCCAAAUCCAAUGGAUCUCUUGAAACAAUUUAUUUUUCUACAAAAAAUGUCAUGAUAAAAGCAUUUUGUAUUCUCUAUAUUUUUAAAUUAUAAUUACAUCAAGUAAUUAUUAAAGAAAUGUGUAAUGUGUAAUUAGAGCAUACACUACUUGGUCUUUUUCUUGUUUCAUCCAAAGUACUGUA